AUGGCUCAGGUCACCAAGAUUUCAAAGAGUGGAAGAAAUAAAGAGUUAUCUUCUCUGGCUGAAAAGAUUAGGAAGAAUGCGAUAGAGAAGCAUCAGCAAGAUAAAGAGUCUUAUUUAGAUAAAGAUAAAGAGAACCAAGAGACGUCCGUAUCUGGUCCUGAUGAAGUAUUAGAUAAUGAAACUACUGAAAAUUUUGAGAGUUUUAGAGAUUUAGAUAUAGUCCCUGAGUUAAUUGAGGCAUGUGAGAACUUGAAGUUCACCAAACCCACCCCAAUCCAGAGCAAAGCUAUUCCUCCGGCACUUCAAGGUAACGAUAUUAUUGGUUUGGCCCAAACUGGUUCUGGUAAGACUGCGGCAUUUGCGAUACCUAUCUUGAAUCAGUUAUGGCAUGAUCAACAGCCGUAUUAUGCUUGUAUCCUAGCUCCCACAAGAGAGUUGGCACAGCAGAUCAAAGAAACCUUUGACUCUUUGGGGUCUCUUAUGGGUGUGCGCAGCACAUGUAUAAUGGGUGGUAUGAAUAUGAUGGACCAAGCUCGUGAUUUGAUGAGAAAACCUCAUAUUAUUAUUGCAACACCUGGUCGUUUAAUGGAUCAUCUAGAAAACACUAAGGGAUUUUCUCUUAGAAAAUUAAGGUUUUUAGUUAUUGACGAGGCUGAUAGACUGCUUGAUAUGGAAUUCGGUGCGGUUUUAGAUCGUAUAUUGAAGAAUAUACCAACCAAGGGUAGAACUACUUAUUUAUUCUCGGCUACAAUGACUUCUAAAAUCGACAAGUUGCAAAGGGCUUCCUUAACAAAUCCUGUGAAAUGUUCAGUUUCUAAUAAAUAUCAGACUGUUGAUACACUGAUCCAAACUUUAAUGGUUGUUCCAGGAGGUCUUAAAAAUACAUAUUUAAUUUAUUUGUUGAAUGAGUUUAUUGGAAAAAGUACCAUAGUAUUCACCAGAACAAAAGCGAAUGCUGAAAGAAUAUCAGGAUUGUGUAAUCUGCUUGAAUUCAGUGCAACAGCUCUGCAUGGCGACUUGAAUCAAAACCAAAGAACAGGUGCUUUGGACUUAUUUAAGGCUGGAAGAAGGUCAAUAUUGGUUGCCACAGAUGUCGCAGCAAGAGGUUUAGAUAUACCUUCCGUUGAUAUUGUCAUUAAUUAUGAUAUUCCAGUUGACUCCAAAUCUUACAUUCAUCGUGUUGGUAGAACUGCAAGAGCUGGUAGAUCCGGUAAGUCUAUUUCACUGGUUUCCCAAUAUGACUUGGAGCUUAUCUUAAGAAUUGAAGACGUAUUGGGGAAGAAACUUCCAAAGGAGGAUAUUAACAAGAACAUGAUUUUAUCUCUAAGAGAUUCUGUCGAUAAGGCAAAUGGUGAAGUUGUGAUGGAGUUGAACAGGAGGAAUAAAGAGAAGCAGGCGAGAGGUAAGGGUCGGAGAGGUAGAAUGGCUUCAAAAGAGAACAUGGAUAAGGAGGAACAAUGA